AUGUCUUCCAUCCUCCAAGCCGACGUUUACGUCUCCUCGCGCCUCCCUAUGGCUAUAAAGCGCAUGGGAGAAACAAGUUACUUCUCUCCGAUAUCUUGCACACUAAUACACGGUGACUCCGAAGCCGUUUUGGUUGACACGCCCAUCUCAAUUUCCCAAAGCGAAGACCUAGCCGCCUGGAUCAAGAAGACAGCACCAGGGAAAAGCCUACAGUACGUCUACAUCACCCACGGACACGGAGACCACUGGUUCGGAAUUUCCAUCCUCCGCAAGCACUGGCCCAAUCUGCGUGCCCUCGCUACACCGGGCACAGUCGAGCACAUGAACGAGCAGAUCAAGCCUGAGAUAUUGGGAGGAACAUGGCAUACCCUGUUUCCGGGUGGACAAAUUCCACGAUCUCUGGAGCUAGCCAAACCAAUGGACUCUCUAACAUUCAGCCUCGAAGGCCACGAGUUUUGCGCCAUCGAAGUCGGGCAUACAGAUACAUACAACACGACUGUACUCCACGUGCCCAGUAUUCGACUCGUCGUUGCUGGGGACGCUGUUUAUGGAGAUGUGCAUCAGUUCUUCGGUGAAGCAAACACAAUAGAAAAACGACAGGAGUGGCUACAGGCGCUGGAUAAGAUUGAGGCGCUUGAUCCACAUACAGUGAUUGCCGGACAUAAGCGGGAAGGGACAGUAGACGGCCUUUUCAAUUUGCACAGAACGCGUCAGUAUAUUUUGGAUUUUGAAGAUGCGGUGGCAAAGGCGUCGAAUUGGAAGGAUUUGGUGGGGGAUAUUCAGAGGAGAUAUCCGAGACGGAUUAAUCCCCAUGCGAUUUUGAGGGGUGCCAUGGCGGCGUUUCCGUCGGUGUCAUCGAAGGUUUAA